ACUCGUCGAACUGUCAUUUGCAUGUGACAGCCACAUACAACGAACAAUCGUCGGCUGCCGCCAAAACGCGCAUAACCAAGUGAACUAUCAACGAAUCGAAGUACGCAUCAAUUUUCGACUGAACAAUUUAGUGUGUGUCCUUUUCUCAAUUCCGUAGAAUUUUCUAAGAAAAAUGGAGCCAGCACAGAAUGCACUCGAGCAAAGUUUGCGAGCGCAAUUGAACGAGGCAAAUCGAAGAUUUCAACGCUCAUCGGGUUUGAACCAUGAGUUGAAAACCGAAAAUGAGCGUUUGACCCUUGAAAAUUACGCGUUGAUUCGUCAAUUGGCCGUGCUGAAGCACAAAUAUGAAAACAUCCGAAGUGGUGCGGCAAAUGUGACGAAAUUUGCCAGCAAUUUGGAAAACAUCGUCACCAGUAUUCUGCCCGAUUUUCAGGCCGCGCAAGCACAGCCACCGGAACAAGUGCAACCAAAGUCCGUUGGCUAUGUGCAGAUGACACCGAAAGCAAUGUUGUCGAGCUUGCCGACGAUGACAGCAUUGCAAUCGACACCGAAGCCAGUGUCGGCAGUACCGGCCAACGUCAAGCAGCCGACAACCAAGCAAGUUCAAUUCGCAUCCAACCAAAAGCCGCAAAUCAAUUGUGUCAACGGAAAAUCCAUCGAUUCGGUUGUCGAUGCAGCACCUAAGAAUGGUUUAGAGGUCGUAAAACCGGGGGUUGUCGCCAAGAAGACGCUGCCAACUGUGGAAAAUGCGCCGAAGAAAGCAGCACCGGUCGCAGAGGUCACUCCCCAGAAGAUGUGCGUGAUCGAAAAGGUUGCAACGAAGAAGGUAACACCGCAAAAGAUGCCAUCGAUCAUACUUGAGAGGGUGCAGCCAGUCGAAAAGAAUAUGGUCAAACCGGCUCUCCAACCGAAAUUGGCUGAGGCUAAAAAGGAUUCCAGUGAAAAUUUGGUGAAGGAUGUGCCAAAAAUGGUAAUGCCGAACCCGUUCUUGCCGAUCUUGCUCGAUCGAGCCAAUGUGAAUAAACUCAAAGCAAACUCUUCGGUCACCGUUGGUGCAAAAGCGGUUGAUGCAAAAUUGGUUGCGACGCCAAAGAGCAAGAAGACCAAACGCAAGGCCGAAUACGAUGUGUCAGACGACAACACGAAGCAGUCGCGACUCACACGUUCCAAGUCCAAGUCUGAUAAAGAUGAAUCAGCAACCCAUGGCCCGAUUCCACAGCAAACUCCUGGCGAUGGCAAGAAGAAGGCUGAAUCUCAGCACAAGGUCGUCACAUCGACGCCACGACCGAGCUCAUCGGUGCUUCUAAGCAAGAAAGUAGUCGACGGCAUCGAUGGUCGAAGCCAAACCAUCACAAUGAAGUCGGUUUCGAUCAAACUCGAGUCAGUGGACAGCGCACGAACAUCCGUUUACAAAUCGGACAGCAAAAAGAUCGCAAAGCGCCGACAAACGAUGCUCAUGUGAAUGGAAACGAAUACUGAAACAAAUGCCUAGAGGUGUUCUUAUUUUUCUUGAACAAUUUGAUUUUUUCUUUGACGUUUCAUGGAGAAAACACUCCACUUUGAACACUUCCUUGAAGGAAAUUUCCAGUUAAUUUGAAAUGUUCACGUGGCAUAAAAUUCCGGUUUUUUCUUUUCUAAAUUUCAUUUUUUUCAAAACUCAACUUUGAAUUUAAUUUUUUUUUCAUUCCGAAUUAUGUUUUGGGCAUUUUCCGAUUUUUUUUCGUUAUUCCGAUCUUUUUUGUUAUUUUUAAUUUUUUUUGUCAUUUUUCCAAUUUUUUUUCAUUUCAAAUUUUUUCUCUAAAUUCCGAAUUUUCAUUUGUUUUCCAUGCCAAAUUUAAAAUACUGACACUCCAAACGGAGUUUUCGUUACAAAAGACAUCAAAUUGUUUACGAACAAUCGAACGAUUUAAACAUAUACACAAGAGAUGUAAUUCUAUUUAAGCCACACAAGUGUAAUUGCAGUGUGAUUACGCACAGUCGCAAGAAUCUCAUAGUAUAUAUUGAAUAAAAAUGUGAAUAAAAUAGCAUUGAAGCGAUGAAGUAAUAAUUAAA